AUGCGUGCUCUCCUUGACAGUGAAGGAACACCGGACGUGUUCAAGAUGGCCGUCAUAAGGCUCAAAGAACGUGGGGUUCUGGAUGAGAGAAUAAAAGAGAAUGAGAGUAUGGACUGGAGGGCCGAGAAGGCGGCACUUGACGAGUAUAUUGAGCAGUUAGGCAUGCAGCCUUCCUACGUGCCUCGACCCGGAGAAGUCGUACUCUGGGCUCCGGAGUGUGAGGGGGAGCUAGCCUGGAACCACGAAAACAAGUGCAUCGAAAUGUACUCACCCAAUGAAGACCGAUGGUUAGGAACCCCCGAAUGGCGGGCUGGUAUUGUAGGCCAGACUCCAGAAGAAGACAUAGUCCUUCAGGACUUAGUCAAAACAGCGCCCAAAAGAUGGGAUGUCAACUACUCCGGCUUUCGCAUCGAAACCUUUCCUGAUCCUCAAAGUUAUGAUAAAAGCUACUCGUUACACUACAAAUAUAUCCGUUUGCAGUGUAUCAAGCCCUUCAGUGCGUACGAGCUUUUUCUGCAAGGGAUUCCGCCCGAAAAUUUACAUCCCUCCAUCGGGUAUGCGAUGACGAUAAUGUCGUCGUUCAGUCUUCUGGACAAAUAUCACUUUAAAGGAACUUGGCCGAACGCGGCGAUUUAUUGCCGGGGUAUUUUCAUCGGAGCAGAGCUCUUGGUUGUUGGAGAUGCUGUCCGCUUGAAACCAAAUCGCCAGUUUUACUCAUACGAAGACCAUAACGCCGUUGAGGAUGUUAUGGUCAUUGACGAAAUACGCCUGGAACUUGUCAAUUGCGUGAGCGAUCUCAUGUCGGGCCAACUGGCAGAGCGAUAUCAGGUUCGAAUUGCAGGAAAGGUCUAUACGAGCGCUUCCCUGAGAUCUCGUGCUGGGACUGACGGGACGAGUCAACAAUUACCCAUGAGACCCGAGGAAGUCAUUGACGUUUUUCAAUCGAUUGGCAUGGGUGGAUAUGGGUCUUGGUACAGGGUAUGGAACGGUGCAACGGUGGAAGUCUCGCAGAAUAUGAUAAUUGGCCGCUGUUACGAUCCCGAUGCUAUGAACCUCUUAUUCGGGUCUUGCUCUCUGGGGCUGGAUCUGUCAGGGGUGAUCAAGGCGAGGGAGUAUUCACGGAAAGUCGAUGAACGUAUUCCCGAAGGGAAAGACUGGUUCUGGGGUGACUUUCGAACUCAGACUCUCGCGAUUGAUACUCUCAAUGGCCAGGAUGUGGGCUUCUACAGCGAGGUACGUGAAGUCAAAAUGUGGGGAGCAAAUCUCCGAAUUCUCGAUGGCACAGCAGAUUCAGCCGAUCUUCGCCUGGCCAAGCUUCCCGGCAAGGUUGGCCGACCCUCAACGAAGGCUCGGUCCAACUUUUCAGAGAUCGGCAAGCUUAGCAAACUGGUCAGCACGGGUCUUGGGGCCGCGGACGUGAGCAACCCUGUAAGCUCCGAAGAAGGACCCAGCCUGCCAAACGACGACGAUACCUCUGGAUCAGAUGAAGUUUUCACAUUGGCCAUGGACCAACUCCCCGGGGGAACGGACGAAUCGGAGGGAGGUGAUUACAGGCCAAGCCCUGGGCCCUAG